AUGUCUCAAAAAUCAGAUGAUCUAUUAAUGGAGACGGACGAAGAGCCGAUGCUGCUCAUUCUCCGGCAAAUGCUGGAGGAGCAGCGACAUACGCGGCAAGAGCUGCAGGCGAUCCAACGCCAGCAGAGGAGCAUUGCUCCACAGCGGCAGCUGCAGCCACAGCAACAGCAACCGCAGCAGCAACCGCAACAGCAACCGCAGCAGCAACCGCAACAGCGACCGCAGCAGCAUUCGCAACAGCAACCGCAGCAACAGCCGCAGUCGCAGCCGCAGUCGCAGCCGCAAUCGCAGCCGCAGCCGCAGCCGCAGCCGCAGCCGCAGCCGCAGUCGCAGCCGCAGCCGCAGUCGCAGUCGCAGCCGCAGCUGUACAAUGAAAACGAGGAGCCGGGCGAGCGAGGGCCCGAUGGUAUCGGCAACGAGGGGGCCAUUUUCAUGACCGUGGUCGCGGACAGAACGGCCGCGUCUCAGGGCGCCCGUACGCGUGUCCGCUCAGCUCGUCACUGGAGACCCAUAUGGAACAUUUGG